GAAACACACGCCAUCCACCAUCCUUGAUAUUUUAAUAAAAGAGAGAGAGAGAAAGGGAGAAGGAGAGAGAGAAGGAGAAGGAGAAAGAGAGAGAAAGAGAAGAGGGUGUGUUUCUGGGUUUUGAAAUUUUGAGGCCCCAUCAAUCAAAGCCCCAUCAAAUCGUCCAAGCGUUUGAAAGGUGGAAACUUUUGCAUCUGGGAUCGUGUAAUUGGGGUUUUGCGUCAAAAGGGUAUCUAUCAAUCUAUCUUUGGUUUGAUGGCAAAUCUGUACGUGAAGGCGGUGCCACCGGCGGAUCUGAACAGGAACACGGAGUGGUUCACGUACCCUGGCGUCUGGACCACCUACAUCCUCAUCCUUUUCUUUUCUUGGAUCCUCGUUCUCUCCGUCUUCGGUUGCUCCCCUGGCAUCGCAUGGACCAUCGUUAAUCUCGCACAUUUUGCUGUAACAUAUCACUUUUUUCACUGGAAGAAAGGAACUCCAUUUGCAGAGGACCAAGGCAUCUACAAUAGAUUGACAUGGUGGGAGCAGGUAGACAAUGGAAAGCAGCUUACUCGUAACAGGAAGUUUCUAACAGUUGUUCCUUUGGUCCUGUACUUGAUAGCAUCCCACACAACCGACUAUCAGAAUCCAAUGCUGUUCUUCAACACUGUUGCUGUGAUUGUGCUGGUUGUUGCAAAGUUCCCCCACAUGCACAAGGUGAGGAUUUUUGGAAUCAAUGCUGAUAAGUGAAAUGUUGCUGUGUCCUUGAAAACCUGGUCACCUGCUCAAGAGCCUCUUGUCCUUUUGUUCUGGAAAAAGGUCACACCUUUGUAUAGAAGGCAGAAGUGGAAGGAUACUCAAGUAAUGUUCUGUUGCCAACUGCUUUUUAACCUGCUUCUAAAGCAUUAUUAAACAAAUAAAUAUGUUGAGUUAUUUCUGUACAGUAGAGAAGUAUAUGUAUCGAAUUAUAACGGUGCUUUUAAAAUGUACCUUUCUUUUCUUGCCUUUUUCCUUUUAUUCAUGCCUCCGAACUCAGAUAUACAAGAAUCAUCCUUUGCAUUGGUAUUCAAGUUUAUUGCUAUAA